UUUCCCUGGAGACCGUGCGGAAGCGGCCGGAAGUUUCGCUGCGGUUGGCCGCAACGGGAUGGAGGAGCUGGGGGUUGGGCCCGAAGAGCAAGAGCACGAAGCGGACGCGGCUUGGGCCAUGGAGCAGGCGGAGGCGGGGACGGCAAGCGAGUCGCUGGGUGCGCCGGGGCUUGAAGAGCCCGGCGGCCCCCCUUGGUCAUAUUGUACAUCAGUACAUGAUAAAGUGGUGCCAGAAGGAAGUUCUUCAUUCAGAGUCAUAGUGCACGUGGAUCUGGAUUGCUUCUAUGCACAAGUAGAAAUGAUCUCAAAUCCGGAACUCAAGGGCAAACCUUUAGGGGUUCAGCAGAAAUAUUUGGUGGUUACCUGCAACUAUGAAGCUAGGAAACUUGGAGUUAAGAAACUUAUGAAUGUCGGAGAUGCAAAAGAAAAGUGUCCACAGCUGGUAUUAGUUAAUGGUGAAGACUUGACUCCUUACAGAGAGAUGUCAUAUAAGGUUACAGGGUUGUUGGAAGAAUUUAGUCCAGUUGUUGAAAGACUUGGAUUUGAUGAAAAUUUUGUGGAUCUCACGGAAUUGGUGGAGAAGAGACUACAGCAGCUGCAAAGCGCUGAACUUUCAGCGCUGACUGUGUCAGGUCACGUAUACGGUGGUCAGUCUAUAAACCUGCAUGACGUCUUGCACCUCAGAUUACUUGUUGGAUCUCAGAUUGCAGCAGAGAUGCGGGAAGCCAUGUAUAGUCAGCUGGGUCUCACUGGCUGUGCUGGAGUGGCUUCUAAUAAAUUACUGGCAAAAUUAGUUUCGGGCGUCUUUAAACCAAAUCAACAAACAGUCUUACUACCUGAAAGUUCUCAAGAUCUCAUUCAGAGUUUGAACCAUGUAAAGGAAAUGCCUGGUAUUGGCUAUAAAACUACCAAACGUCUUGAAGCCCUGGGUAUCAGUACUAUGCAUGAUCUUCAAACCUUUUCGUCCAAAAUAUUAGAAAAGGAGUUAGGAAUUUCAAUUGCCCAGCGUAUCCAGAAGCUCAGUUUUGGAGAAGAUAACUCUCCUGUGACUCCCUCAGGACCACCUCAGUCCUUUAGUGAAGAAGAUUCAUUUAAAAAAUGUUCAUCAGAAGUUGAAGCUAAGCAUAAGAUUGAAGUGCUACUUGCUAGUCUGUUGAACAGAGUAUACCAAGAUGGAAGGAAGCCACAUACAGUAAGAUUAAUAAUCCGUCGGUAUUCAUCUGAGAAGCACUGUAGCCGUGAGAGUCGUCAGUGUCCUAUUCCAUCCCAUGUAAUCCAGAAGUUAGGGACAGGAAAUUAUGAUGUGAUGACCCCAAUCGUUGAUGUACUUAUGAAGCUCUUUCGAAAUAUGGUUAAUGUGAAGAUGCCAUUUCAUCUUACCCUUUUAAGUGUGUGCUUCUGUAACCUUAAAGCACUGAAUACUGCUAAGAAAGGAACUAUUGAUUACUAUUUAACACCAUCAUUAUCAACAACUUCAUGUUGUGGGAAGCACAGUUUUAAAAUGAAGGACACUCAUAUGGAGGACUUUUCCAAAGACAACGAAACAAAUUGGGCUUUGCCACCAACUGGAAAAAUUGAAAGUAUAAGAACUGGGGAGUCCCCACGAGACACCAAAGAUUUUUCUCAAGAAAAAGACAGUAGUGAAUUUCCACUCCGCCCACUUCCUGAGGGUAUUGACCAAGAAGUCUUUACACAGCUUCCAGUAGAUAUUCAAGAAGAAAUCCUUUCUGAAAGAGAUAGAAAAAAAGUUCAAAGGAAAGAAAGUUCGAGUUGUCCAUUACAUGCCCCUCAAGGAGUAUUAUCUUUCUUUUCUACAAAACAGAUGCAAGAUAGUCCCCUAAAUUCUAGAAAUAAUUUAUCCAAUAGCAAACACAUAUCCUCUGUAUCUCCCUGUGAACCAGGAACAUCAGGAUUAAAUAGCAGUAGUUCAUCUAAUCUGUCCAGCCAAAAGGAUUGUUCACAUUUUUUAGGCAGUAGAUUAAAAGAUGAACAAAUGAGUCAAAGACCUAAAGAAUCUCAAGGAUUUUACUUUUCAAGUACAUACCCUGCUGUGUCUGUUUCCCAUUCAUUUCCAACUUCGCAGUGUGAGAAACUUCUCACCCAAACCCACACUACAGAUAGCCAUAAGAGACCAAUAGCAACAGUUUGUCAUAUUGAAGGACGUACAGUAAAUAGACGGCCAGAUUCAAAUGAUGAGAAAAUCACUUUACCCCCUGACGUUGAUCCUGAAGUUUUCCAUGAACUACCAGAAGAGGUCCAAAAAGAACUGUUGGCUGACUGGAAGAUAACAGGAACAGAUUUCUACAUUGUAUACAAAUAAACGUGUUCAGAAAAAAGUGUAAAAGGCAAGGGAAAGACCAUUGUUCUCAGAUUAGAGUUUAUUAUGCUCUUCUAAUUAAACACUAAGAGAUAUUCAAUAAUGUAAAAGCAUAAAAUGUUCUAGAUAAAGCAAGAAUUGUUAUGGGAAGUAAAUCUGGUAUAAAGUAUAAAACUAUCCAUGACAGAAGAAACAAUGUAAAAUACUAGCUUCUUAUUUCUAAAACUGUUUAAUACUGUUUUUCAAUAAAAAGAAUAUCAUGGUCA